AUGGAUCGGACACAACAGAUUAAGGGUAAAAAUGGUCGAGCGAGGCCAAAAAAACUGUAUGAUAAUUUAGAUGAUGAGAAGUUGGAUUUGAAAAUUGACAGUAUUAAGGAAAAAGUGGACACACCAUGUUUUGUUUAUGUUUUGACGUUUUUUUCAUCCCUGGGCGGUUUUAUGUUCGGGUACGAUACAAGCGUCAUCUCAGGUGCUAUGUUAUUACUAAGGAAUGAAUUUGGAUUAUCUUCAAUAUGGCAAGAACUCAUAGUUUCUGUAACUUUGGCUGCAGCGGCAGUUUUUUCUCUGGUCGCGGGAGUUCUAAAUACAAGACUGGGACGGAGGGGUGUCAUCCUUAUAGGAUGUGUUAUAUUUAUUUGUGCUGCGAUAAUGAUGGCGAUCUCCAUAGACAAGUACAUGCUCCUGUCCGGAAGACUUCUUGCAGGCGCUGCUAUUGGAAUGAUGUCGACAACUGUGCCCAUGUACCUAGCGGAAUGUUCACCCGUCAACAUUCGGGGACGUCUUGUGUCAUUAAACAUCGCCAUGGUUGCGUGCGGUCAAUUUGUUGCGAGUGUAGUGGCUGGAAUCUUUGGAGGGAACCAGAAAAAUGGAUGGCGGUAUAUGCUGGGUUUAGCAGGGGUUCCAGCAUUUCUUCAGUUCCUGGGGUUCUUUUUCAUGCCAGAGAGCCCGCGCUGGCUUAUCAUGUCUCGGCAGGAGGAGAAGGCAAGACGCGUGUUGCAGUCAAUGCGCGGGCAGCUUGAUAUCGAGGAUGAAUAUGAGAGUAUCAAGAUGGCGUGUGUGGAAGUAGAAAGGGAUGAGCAGAUUUCUAAGAAAAUCCCUGUGGUGCUACAGAUGUGCAAAUUCCCGUCGUUACGCCGCGCACUGGUGAUUGGUUGUUUUCUGCAGAUGACACAGCAGUUGGCAGGAAUAAACACAGUCAUGUAUUACAGCGCGACGAUAGUCAAGAUGUCAGGGGUACGCAGCGACGAGGCUGCUAUAUGGCUCUCGGCGCUUACAGCCGCCGUUAACUUCGUGUUUACACUGCUUGGCUUAUACCUUGUUGAAAAGAUUGGGAGGAGACCUCUGACCCUAGCAAGUCUCAUUGGUGCUAUAGUUAGUUUAUUGCUGUUAGCGGUGGGUUUUCACGUUGCCUCUCUGAACACCCCGCAGAUACCAGCCCCCGAAAGACUGUCAUCAAAUUACACGUGUUCUUCACAUAGGACGUGUAAUGACUGUAUGAUGGACCUCAGUUGCGGUUACUGUUUUGUGGAUAAUGAGGACACAGCAAUCAGUAACUCAUCCUGCCUACCAACUGGAACGGACAACCCCUGGGUUUCUGGAAUGGGACAGUGUAGCCAACAAACACUCCCGGGGAAGCUGACCUGGGCUUAUGACUACUGCCCAUCCCCAUUUUCCUGGAUGCCUAUGGUCGGCCUCGUUCUGUACCUCGUCACCUUUGCCCCAGGUAUGGGUCCAAUGCCAUGGACUAUCAACUCUGAGAUUUACCCUCUCUGGUGUCGUAGUUCAGCUAUCUCAGUGGCAACAUUCACAAACUGGAUCUUCAACCUACUCGUCUCCAUCACAUUUAUAACUCUCACAGAAAACCUAACGCGACUCGGCACUUUUUUGCUGUAUGCUGGCCUGACAGGACUAGGGGCCUUAGUUCUUUAUAUCUGGCUACCGGAAACCAAGGGGAAAAGUCUUGAGGAGGUCGAAGGUCUAUUUGCCCAGCCUUGGUGCGGCACUGUUAAUGGCGCGGACUACAAUACCAAGACGAUACAAUAUGUACACAUACGGGGACUCAAUAGAGACGGCCGAGAGUCGGAACUUGACUCGCCAGAGUGA